AUGGAUGAAUCUCAGAAACCGAAGACCGUCCAGCGAGAAGUCGCUGAAGAGGAUAUCGUUACGGGGAAAAAGAACAGCAAGGGCAUCAUACUGCGACCACAGCCCUCGAAUGAUCCAAACGAGCCGCUGAACUGGUCGCAAUGGGACAAGUACACAACAUACCUGGUGAUCUGCUGGUUCACAUUUCUGGCGUUCAUGAACUCGUCCGCGUUCACGGUGGCCGUACAGGCGAUCAUCAAGCAAUUCAAGAAGAGCUCGACUGAGGCGAGUUACUUGACAUCAUUGCAGGUGCUCUUCAUGGGUUUUGGCGCCUUGGUCUGGAUGCCCCUGAUCCGUAUUAUCGGGAAGAGGCCAGGCUACCUCGCUAGCCUGGUCUUCCUCUGCGUGACCAACGUAUGGGGUUUUUACUCCACGACAUAUGGGAGCCUCCUUGCCUCGCGCAUUGUCGGCGGGUUUCUCACGGCAGCUGCAGAUGCACCAGUUCCUAGUGUCGUUGCUGAGCUGUUCUUCUUUCACGAGCGAGGCCAUGGGAUGAUGUUUUUCUCCCUGGCCCUCUCCUGUGGUGCCUUUCUAGGGCCCUUGUUCAAUGCGUACAUCACACAGUACCUUGGCUGGAAGUGGAUGUGCGGUGUAAUGGCUAUCGUCUCGGGAGCGACAUUCUUUGUGGCGUUGUUUCUCCUCAAGGAGACUGCAUAUGUCGUAGGGCCAGAGGGCCGAGACCUCGAGGCUCCUGCGUCUGCAUAUGCGCCAAGGAGAAGCUGGCUUGCCUCCCUGGGCUUCACAAUUGGCUACAAUCAGCACGCCUCUUUCUUCGGCUGGGUUGCACGAACUGUGCUGUUGGUCGCAUAUCCACCGGUCCUGAUUGCUGGCCUUAUAUGUGGCCUUUUUAUUGGAUGUAACAUCGCUGUGCAGCUCGUGGCCUCGCAGACCUUUACAGCUGCACCAUGGAACUGGACCCUGCACAGUGUCGGGCUGCUGGCCAUCUCUGGCUUUAUCGGGUCUCUCCUCUCCUUCUUCGCCGGCGGUCGACUUAUCGACCUGAUAGCCACGCGGAUGACGGCACGACGAAGCGAGCAUCCUGAGCCUGAGUUUCGACUGCCAGCUAUGAUCAUCCCAGCAGUCGUGGGUCCCAUGGGCAUGUUGCUGUAUGGGCUGGUCAUUGCGGCCCAGGACAGCUGGGGUGGAGCUGCUGUCGGGUAUGGCAUGGAAGGCUUCGGCGCGACGGCCGCUGCCAACAUCAUUAUUACCUAUGCCGUCGAUGCAUACCGACCUAUUGCGGGCGAGACAAUCGUCAUCGUUUUCAUUGUUCGCAAUGUGAUUGGCUGUUUGAUAUCGACCUACAUCUCCGUGUGGAUCAAGCAGCAAGGUGUGAGACACGCUUUUGGAGAGCUCGUCGGGGUCGCAUAUAUCAUCUUGUCACUUUCUCUGGUGCUGUUUGUCUUCGGGAGGAGGAUCAGAGCCUUCACGGGGCGCUUUGGGCCCAUGGCGAGCGUUGCGUUUCACUGA